GCGGAGUUCGUUCUGCCCUCGUUUCUGUGAAUUUCGCAGAACGACUUGGGGAGUUGCGAGAGGCCAGCGGAGCGGACGGACCACCCCGCAUCUGCAUCUGGCUGCGGGGUCCUGCACUGAGGAAGGGGGCGGUUGGCUGUUUGGGAAUGUAAGGAGGCGGGCGACGCACUCAGGGGGUAGCAAGCGGGGGAGCGCGGGAAGAGCCGCCCGCGCCGCGCGAUGCCCGUUUCUCCCCGCGACCCUGCCCCGCCCGCGUUGUCCCCUGGUUCUACUCCCUCUGCUCCGCCCCGCCCCGCCCCGCCCGUGCUGAGCACUGCACUGUCAUGGCCUCACAACACCACUAGUAGAUUUGAAAACCAUCACUCCCGCCGACUCCUUCGCAGCGCGCAAACGCGCUCGUUGCCGCCCUUUCUCGCUCCCGCCUUUCUUCAUCUCCUUCCCUCUCCCGCCUUUCUUCAUCUCCUUCCUUUCCCGCCUUUCUUCCUCUCCUUCCUUUCCCGCCCUUCUCCUUCCCUCUCCCGCCUUUCUUCAUCUCCUUCCUUUCCCGCCUUUCUUCCUCUCCUUCCUUUCCCGCCCUGCCCUCUUUCGCUGGUGCCCCCUGGACCGCUGAUGAUGCGAAGUGACGCCACCACUCUUAAGUUCUUUUGGCGCCAACACUCAAAGUUGAGCCAUACAUACACCAGCAGAGGAAGCGAUUCAGUCUGUCCAUUCGAUUGACGACGGAUCGAGCUUUGCUCAUUGGUUGGUUGAUAGCGAACGGUUCUGUUCUGUAUAUACUCUGCUGUAUAGGGAGUGCUGUCGUCGACUGUGCUGGCUGCGGCGGGCUUUAGAGAGAUCGACGACGAUCCGUCGGCUGUCAGAUCAGAGCUGACGGAUCUGACGGAUCUGAUCUGAUCCAGUGGCCUGGUAUUGAUUAUUACAGCAUCGAGUUGGGGAUUAGAGGGACCGUUCGCAAUAUCGUCGGAGGCCGUAACACCGUUCGAUCCGGGGUCGGUAAACACAGGAGCGAGCACAUUUAAAGAUAUGCGGAUGGGAGGGAGGAAUUGACAGAAAACGGGAGGAAUUGGGAAUUGACAGAAAGGGGAUCAGGAGGCAGACUGAUACACGGGUAUUCUGUGGCAAGAUAGCUGACUAAGGUGACAAAGAGUGGCAGAGAUCUGACGGCGAAACAGCGGCUUCGGGCAAGAAUGAGAGCGUAGUAGUAGUACUACGGAGGCCGAGGUCCGAGGUGAAAUUUGACAACAAACUGUUGGCUUUGCUCAGUUUGCUGCUGUUCACUGUGUGAGCGUGCAGUUGGCCGUAAAGAGUUAGCGGGCCCGCCGACCAGUUGGGCUGCCAGAGUGGAUCGAUUGUCACAGAACCAAGCUGCACUGCUGCUGCAGUAAGUAGCACAAGCGCGGGACUAGCGGUAGGGGAACUACCCGAGCACCAGCACUGAAGGGGAGUGAUUGUGCUUUAGCUUUGCAGGGCUGACUGCAAGUCGACUUGAGGAAGUGAAGGGGAGUUGCCGCACCGCGUGACAAAGCUAGACUCUUGAGAGAGGAAAGCACUCGGAGGGAACGAUGAGUCCUCCGGCAGCAAGGGGUCGAGGACGAAGAACUUCAAGUGAUGACAGAGGAGGAACAUCGUCGCGUGGGACCUCACCACGAGUUAGCGGCAGAGGUUUAUCCAGGGGGCGAGGAGGGACCCUCAAAAUAUGGGGUAUAAAUGUGCCCUAUUCCGAUAAGCUGAAAAACUGGAAGCACCAGAAGCCGAUGAUGAAGUUAAUCUUGGUUGGGGUGCUGAUUGUGGCAAUAGCCCUUAUCCUCAACUUGUGGUACUUCUACUUCGGCAGGAAGGGCUUUGUAUGGCGGGGAAAGAAGAGUGGGUGGUACUGAUGCUCACCAACCAGAGGGAGUGGCUGUGCCAUGGACCAAUCCAUUCUCUCCUCUACUCCCUCUGCACCUCCCCUCUCUCUCCCACUCUGGGGGAGUGGCUGUGCCAUGCCUUGCACGUGUCAGGCUAUGGACUACCUUACACUCCCCUCCACCCCCUCUCCGCCUCCCUGCUCUCUCCCACCCUGUGGCUGGCUGGCAUCGCGAACCAGCCUUGGCGUCAGUGGGCUCGCCUCUCGUCAUUGUGAUUAUGUUUCUUUUCACCUUAUGUUAUUACUGUGGAAGGGCAGGCGAACGAGAGAGCGGGGAAGAGAGAGGGGGAGGGGGGAGGGAGAGAAGGGGUCGGGUUCGGGGGAAGGGUUUGGGAAAGGGCGAGGAAGUGGGUUGAAGAUGGGGGUAUGACAACGGUCAUCUGGCGAUGAUGAUGGUGAGGGGGAAAAUAAUUGUGUGUGUGUGUGUGGGGAGAGAGAGAGGGGGGGGGCCAGGGUCCAUCUGCCAGCUGUUAUUGCACUUCAUCCUUUGCUCGGAAUCCUUACGGUUCCUUAUCACCUUGUUCUGGAAUGAUCCCUUCCCCCUGCGUUUUCCCUCCGACAGUCGUUGACAAGUCAUUCUGUCAUACCCAGCUCAAGGGCCUCCAAUCUCUCUGUUGAGUCUGGCCACUCUCCCCUUUCCUGUUUGAGACUUGAAAGCUAUCAUCAAUGAUCAGCUACACCACUCCUUGCCCUCCCCCCCCCCCCCCCCCCCCCCCUUCAAACUUCUGCCAUGCAUUACUUGUGGCGGUUGGUGUCCUUAUCCUCCGUCCACUGCCCCUCUCAUUCCCGCUGCUACUGAUACUGUCGUUAUCUUUGUUGUUGUUGUUUACGUGUUUCUGAACCAAUAAGUGUGUGUAGAGCUUCAGCUAACUCUUAUGCAAGUGCACCAUUCCUUGAUUCAAGUUCGGUGAGAUUAUCUUCAUCAUGUGUGUUUGGUUUCGUGUUUCGCUCCUCUCUCUCUCUCUCUUGUUUACCCAUUGUGUUCGAGAGAGAGCUCUCCACUGGCUCGUUUGCUGACAAUAACUGACAUACACUAGCAGCAGGAGCCAAACUAGCUGGAAGAUUCUGUACUGUUUGUUCCUUGUGUGUGUGUGUGUGUGUGUGUGUGUGUGUGUGUGUGUGUGUGUGUGUGUGUGUGUGUGUGUGACGUGGGGUGAGUUUGUGAUGGUUACGUGCAUCUGUUGAUCGACUGAACUGGACCUGGACACAGGGUGUUCUGCACAUGAGGUCAUGUUUGAGUGACCUGGCAUAGAAAAACUCUGAAAAAUCAGAAAAAUCAGAAAAAGUAUAGUAUCACUAAUAUCACAUAAGAUGAUUCGAUCUAGGAGGGCUUCAAAAAACACAUCAUUGUUGACUGCUAAGUUAGUUAUUAACUUAUUGCUUGAACCUUUGGCGUCAGAUCACUUUAGUUCAUGUCAUAUGUGUGGUCUAUAACAUAUAGUACAUCGUUAGCAGUGCAGAAAUCAGGGAUCAGGGUGCAUGACACACAAAGAUAACCACUAUUAACCAAAUUAAUAAAUUAUUCAAAGUCAU